AUUCGCCUUUGAACUCUAAAUUUCUGUUCUUAUUUGCGUAAUAAUCGUCCUUCCUCGCUAUCAGCAAAACGUAAUAAACAGUAACUGACAAAUCUAAACCACAAAUAAUAAUUCACCCACAAUACAAAUACCGACUCAGUCAUAUUCAUAUCAUACUUUGCCUGCGUCGUGUUCUUUGUCCUUUUUUAUAUUAUAAAAUUGAACUGAGCAAUGGCUCUGUGGAUAUACGGUCUGUUUCUGUUGAUAAGUCCAUGCUUGAGCUACAAACCGGUGGUUUUAAUACAUGGAGUGAUGACUGGCAGCGGCAGCAUGGAAAUGAUAGCGCACCGAAUACAGGAGAAACACCCAAACACAACUGUGUACAACUGCAACCGCUUCGAAAGCUGGUCCAGUCUGGAGAACAUGUGGCACCAAGUGCUGGAGAUUGGCCAAGACGUCGCAAACAUCUCGGCGAGGUAUCCGGAGGGCAUUAACCUUAUAGGGUAUUCCCAAGGAGGUCUGAUAGCCCGGGGCAUCGUCCAGACAUUCCCCAAUGUCUCUGUCAGCACCUUUAUAUCUCUAAGCUCACCGCAGGCUGGCCAGUACGGAGCCGGUUUCCUCCACCUAGUUUCCCCGGCCUUGUAAAGGAGAAGUGCAAACAAACUGUUCUACUCGCGAGUGGGCCAACAUACCUCAGUCGGGAACUAUUGGAACGACCCCUACCACCAAAGUUUAUAUGAGAGCUACAGUGUGUACCUGCCUUACAUCAACAACCAUAUUGAGUCAGCGAAGACGAAUGAUUUCAAAAACAAUUUGCUGAGGCUGAAACGUUUUGUCCUGAUUGGGGGACCUGAUGAUAAUGUUAUUACUCCCUGGCAAAGCAGUCAAUUCGGGUACUACAACGCUAACGAAACUGUAGUCGAAAUGCGCGACCAGCCAAUAUACAAAGAAGAUAAAAUAGGACUCAAAGAAUUGGACAAAAAAGGAAAAUUACAUGUCGUCACUGUACCUGGAAUCAACCAUUUCAACUGGCACAUGAAUGUUAGUAUAGUCGACGAUUAUUUACUACCAUAUUUGGAUUAAUUUAACCAUUAAGUAUGGUACUUCAGCAUUUUUUACGCCUAGAUAAUGAAAACAGCGUUGUUUAGUUCCAUAUUUCUCCGUGGCGCUCCUAAUGAUUCCGCAGUUCGCCAAUAGAUGGCGCUUAAAUCAAUUUCUUAUAUUUUAGUUUCUGAUUUUCCCGUAGACGUGUAGUGGCGAUACUUGUUAGUAUCACAUUAUGUCAAUAGAUGUCUCUGUGAUAGAUUAUUAUGUUUUACUGGUCGUGAAAUCAGGAACGUACGAUUAUUAUUUUUAAUAAUUAUUUAAAAUAAAAUGUAAAUUAUCGUUAAAAAUCAAAAGUGCCGCCACUCUUUUAACUAUGAAAUAGAAAACGUGUAUAGAAAUUAAAAAGUAAACGUGAUAUUUUUGUAAUUUGUGCAGAUCUGAAUUGUACAAGCUUUUGAAAUUAACUGUCGUACAAAUGUCAGCCAUAUUUUCUCAAUGUGUUUAUACAAAUUUAAAUUAUUCGCCAACAAAUUAUGCAAGUUUGACAUAAUGAUUGGCUUUUAAAUUAAGAAAUGGAGUAGGUAGUUUUUUCUAAGAGGUAUUUUAUCAUAUAAAUACCCAAGUAUUUUGGCUUUUACCAAAUAAUAGCUCAAUUGUAGUAAGUAAGUUUGCAUUGUAAAGCGUGAUUUUAUUUUAUGUAUUUUUGUAUUGUAUAAUCAACUCGUCUGAAAUGAAAAAUCAAUUCAUAUCAGAUAUUUAUUUUCCGAAACAUUUAUUUAAUUAUUUCAUACGAUUGCAAUAUUAGCUCAGUGAUGUUUAUUUUUGUAAAAUUAUUGAUAAGAUUAAAUGCAUGUGUGUGUGUAUUUGGUAGGUUCAUUUACAAAGUAUAGUAGGUAGUUAUGUACCUAUACCUAAUAUCUAUAAUAUAUUUUUUAAAUCCCAUAAUAAUUAAGUUCUCCACUGAGACGAGAAUCUCAAUUUUGAUAUCGAUUUUUUUAUAUUUAAUAUCAUAAUUAAUUUAUCGAAGAAAUUUAAAGAUUGUAAAGUAUAGAUUCCACCUCAGCAGAGCACAUGAAACUACUCAAGUUUCAGUGUCACUGCCACUCUUGGCAAAUAAGGGGUCAAAAUGAGACUUGUAUAGUCUUCGAUCAAUAUAAAAACUUGUGUGAGUGACUAAAUAGUCCAAGAUCAAAUAAGGCUUACUCAUUAUUAUUUUUCUAUAGUCUUGUCACCAUUUUUUCAUUAAAUUAUGUCAUUGUCAUUAUACUCUGUAUUUUACAUUCGGUUUAUUGCAGUCUAGUCAGAUAUCUGAUUGAUUGAAAUAUAUUUUUUAUUGCAAAUUA